CGCGACGGUUCACCUUGUACUACCUCGGUCGUUUUCAACCUCAUUUCACAACUUGCUAUAACGCCACUCAGUAUACCAACAACCAUGUCCAUCAAAACCCUCUUCAGUCCCAUCAAAGUUGGCUCGGUCCAACUAGCCAACCGCAUUCUGCUGGCGCCCCUCACCCGCGCUCGCGCCGGCCCUACCCAUGUUCCCAACGCCCUCAUGAAGGAGUAUUACGCCCAACGCGCUUCAGCUGGCUUGGUCAUCACGGAAUGUACCAUGAUUGCCCCCAAUACAUCGGCCUUUGCGGGUGAACCCGGGCUAUACACCCCCGAACAACUCGCGGCUUGGAAAGACAUCACCGAUGCCGUGCACGCGAAAAACGGCAAGAUUUUCAUCCAAAUCUGGCACGCUGGCCGGGCAUCGCACCCAGACAACAAUGGAGGAGUGCAAGGCGUGGCGCCUUCGGCCAUUGCUAUCGAAGGCGACGUGCACACGUUGCUCGGCAAGUCGGCGAACGCCGUGCCCCGAGAGCUGAACGAGGCAGAAAUUGCAGAGAUCGUGCAGCAAUUCGCGACUGCCGCGACCAAUGCGAUCAAUGUGGCUGGCUUUGACGGCGUGGAAAUCCACGGGGCCAACGGGUACUUGAUUGACCAGUUCCUCAAAACGAGCUCCAACCACCGAACGGAUGGCUACGGUGGCUCGAUUGAAAACCGGACGCGGUUCUUGUCUGAAGUCGUGGACGCUGUCACGAAAGCUGUCGGUGCGGACAAGGUCGGCAUUCGUUUCUCGCCCCUCAACAGCUACAACUCGCAGAUUGACACCAACCCCGAAGCCUUGAGCGAGAAAAUCGCCAAGAUCAGCCAGCAAUUCAACUUGGCGUAUGUGCACGUGAUGCGCUCCGACUUUUUCCAAGCUCAAAAGGGAGAUGUGGUGCCGAUUUUCCGCAAACAUUUCAAGAAUGUGCUGAUUGUCAACAUGGGCUACACCAAGGACGAAGGCAACGACGUGAUUGCCAAAGGCCUGGCGGACGCGGUGGCGUUCGGAACGGCCUUUUUGGCCAACCCAGACUUGCCAGCCCGAUUUGAACAAGGCGCGGAACUCAACGUCCCCGACCAGGCGACUUUUUACUCGGGCGGGGCCCAGGGCUACACGGACUACCCGUUCUUGUCGUAGAGUCCUAUUAUUAAAAGCCGCGAAAUCGAAAUCAUUCAUGUUCAA